AUGCGUACCUUCCAGGUCCUCCUUCUCUUCCUUAGCACGCUGGCCGCGACCGUUCUGGCGGACUCAUAUGCUCGUGAGGAACGCAUGGUCGCCCGGGAUGUCUGGGACAACGACGCGCUGUUUGCGCGCGAUGAAGACGCGCUCUAUGCCCACGACGACGAACUGUACGCGCGCGAUCUCGAGGAGUACAAGGACCACCCUCUGGUCCGCGAGAUUGUCAAUGUCGUGGCCCGAGCGAGGGGCAACAGGGUCACGUCGUGCUACAACCGUGGUGUACAUCUCACCGUGGAAUUCGGAAAGUACUACUAUUGUGUCAACCAGAGCGGGCAUGGAUUCUGCGAGAGGACGAGGAACCUCCAGGUUGAGAACGGUGAAUGUUUCAACUGA